UUUCGAUAAGCGUGUUUUUACGGAGGCAAACGACGAAGUAGUAUCACAGUCCUGUCAUGAGAGGCCUUUUGUGUGCGUGUUUGCCUUCCUUGUGAUGUAACUGGCAAAUGUUUAGCUCAAACAAACAGUGACAAAAGGCCAGCGGUGUGCGCCAGUGAAGGCUGUGGGCUCAGUACUCGCCACUAAGUAAACGGUUAGUGAGCAAAGGCGCUUUUUGUACUUACCCGCGCUAGUGCAAAAGUACGGGAGGUAACGGUUUAUUGAUAACGGUGUUUGAGGUUUGGACGAGAAAAACACUGUAGUGGCGUGUAUCCUCAAGACCGAGCGCUGGAAGCCCUCCCACAUUGGCUGGCUGUGUUUGCUCAGGGGGGAAGGUCUUGGACCGGACAAGCUUUUUAAAAGUGCCCAGUCGAAGCGCACCACUGGUUUGCACUCCAAACACAGGCAAAGUGCAAAGUCACAGAGACGAGCAGUGACGAUGCAGGGCCUCACGGCUCUGUGCUUAUCUGCCCUCCCGGGACUGCUCUGGGCUUCGUCUCUGUUUGUGGAGGGGGAUAACGACGCCUCACUGAUCUGUAAGCAGCCCCCACACUGGCAAAUUGACGGUCGGGCCCCCAUGAAGGAGCUUUUGGGAAACGUCGUUGUUGUGGCUCUGCUAAAAGCCAGCUGACAGUUCUGCCUCACGCAGGCUGCUAAGCUGGGGAACCUGCGUGAUAAACUGGCGCGGACCGGCCACAAGGGGGUGUCGUUUCUCAUCGUGAACGAGCAGGAGGCUCACUCCCGGGCCAUGUACUGGGAGCUGAAGAGGCGUGCGGCCGAGGGCAUCCCCGUCUACCAGCAGAGCCCACUGCAGGCAGACGUAUGGGAGGCCCUUCAAGGGGACAAGGACGACUUCUUGGUUUACGAUAGGUGUGGCCUGCUUACCUUUCACAUCGUCUUGCCAUACAGUUACCUCCACUACCCCUAUGUGGAGGCUGCCAUCAGAGCCACAUAUCUCAAGGACAUCUGCAAUUGCACAAUGGAUUUUAACUCCACACUUCUAGCAGAGCAGCAAAACACCAGCAGCACAUUGACAGGAGAGAGCCUCAACGCCACCGUGGUGGGGUCUACAGAGGGUCAGCCGGCCCACGCUGAGCACGGCGGCCACCAUCACCGUGACCGUUUCCACCAAAGCCACGACCAUCCCUCCCACUUCACCAACCGGGGCGUGGCCACAGAGUCUCGGCCCACUCACGCCAACCAUGGCAAUGACCAUCGUCAUGUCCAUUCUGCCCGAAGCACUGAUCCUGUCACCAUCCCCCGGAGGAGGGAGAGACAGCUUCAGUAACAUGGGGCAGGAGCACCCCAGAACCACAUGCAAGCACCAUCCUGCAUAGAUUUAGGACUUAAAAAAAAAAAAAAAAAAAAAAAACUUCAUCUGUAGGAAAAAAACAUACCACUACCUCCUUAUAUCACAAAUGAUUCUACAGACCAUUAAUAAUUAUUAUUAUUAUUAUUAUUAUUAUUAUUAUUAUUAUUAUUAUUAUUAUUAUUUUUAAAUUUGAUUAGAUUUUUGAUCUCCUAUUUGUUGAAUGCAUUUUGCUCAGCAAGGUAGAUGCAGAGUCACAGUAAGACCUGCUGUGGACUGGCUGCUCCCUUCUCACGGCUCUCUAUGAAACGUGCACCUUAAACCUCAAACCAGGUGUGUGGACGUGGAUGCUGAGUUGAGGAGGAAUCGUGGCGAGCGAUCCUGUCCACAGUCACACGUGUCCUGUACUAGACAGGUGCCUCUUAUGGCAGGGCUUCCUUCCCCCUGCACUGGUGGACAGUUCCCAGGCCCACAUUUCCAUGGUCUUCCAGGCCCUGUAGAUUGCCUAAUGUAACUGGCAGUCUGCAGCCCGUAUGCUGGCUUGGGUGCAUCAGGAAACAGGAAUAGAGCAAAAAUGUGAACUGGCUGGUGUUUGAGUAGGGCUGGACUUGAAUUAUAUCUAAGGGUGCCUGGUGAAUGAUGCGGGCACUUCUAAGCAUAUAAUUUUUUAAAUCAUAAUGAAGGAGAUUAGAAUAGCCUGCCCUGUAACAAUGUGACAUUUAAUUAAUCCGCAUUUGAAAUAUUCACCUGUAACUUUUGGAUAUUUUUUAUGACAAAUGUACUAGCAUGUCAUUAAAAAGUAAAAGAAUAACGUUCCGAAUGUUUAAUACAUAUGUGACCUUAAGUGGUUCUGACUCCAAGUCACAUCUCGUCCUUCGCUGGCUGAUCCAGGUGUGUUGGAGCAAGAUAAGGCAAGCAUGAAUAUGAGCGCAGAGUCGUUAACGCACAGGCACAGAGAACCACUGCACCAGCCAAAGCCUUUCCCUGAUGACAGGACAUGCCUGAUGCUAAAUUGUUACGUGCUUAAUGGUAAACUGUUCCAUGCCUAAUGCAACAUUUCUAAUAAACAGUAAAACUCCUGUCCUGGAUUACCUCUGAUCUUGGUUACGGCAGUGGUGAAAUAGCAUAUCAAUCUUGAAAGAAGGUGGGUUGUCAUCCUAAUAUUGGCAAGCAACUUCUAAACAGGCUGCAGUUGGAUUAGGCUCUUUGCUUGACCUAGCAUAUGGGUCUAAAGGAGUAAACCUAUCCCAAGGACUUCUCCACUAAUCUCUGUUGAAGCCGGUUGCCAUC